UCAUCUCCACAGAUUUCUCAGAGGAAAAUGGGUUUAAGAAAUCAAUCCACAGAGACGGAGUUUCUUCUUUCAGGAUUAACUGACCAACCAGAGCUUCAGCUGCCUCUCUUCUGCCUCUUCUUGGGGAUUUAUGUAGUCACCGUGGUGGGAAACCUGGGUAUGAUCUCAAUAAUUGGGCUGAGUUCUCAACUCCACACGCCUAUGUACUAUUUCCUCAGUAGUUUGUCUUUUUUAGAUUUCUGCUACUCCUCUGUCAUUACCCCCAAAAUGCUGGCAGGGUUUUUAUGCAGAGAUCAAGUUAUCUCCUACUCUGGAUGCAUGACUCAGCUGUUCUUUUUCUGUAUUUGUGCCAUUUCUGAGUGCUACAUGCUGGCAGCAAUGGCCUAUGAUCGCUAUGUCGCCAUCUGCAGCCCCCUGCUCUACAAUGUCAUCAUGUCCCCCAAGGUGUGUUCCCUGCUGGUGGCUGCUGUCUUCUCGGUAGGUUUUACUGAUGCUCUGAUUCAUGGAGGUUGUAUAUUAAGGUUGACUUUCUGUGAAUCAAACAUCAUUCAGCAUUAUUUCUGUGACAUCGUUCCUCUUAUUAAACUCUCCUGUUCCAGCACUUACAUCGAUGAGCUUUUGAUUUUUGUCAUUGGAGGAUUUAACAUGGUGGCCACCAGCUUGAUAAUCAUCAUUUCAUACGCUUUUAUCCUUGCCAGCAUCCUCCGCAUCCACUCUAAAGAGGGCCGGUCCAAAGCCUUCAGCACCUGCAGCUCCCACUUGACAGCUGUCCUCAUAUUUUAUGGGUCUCUCAUGUCCAUGUAUCUCAAACCUGCUUCCAGCAGUUCACUCGCCCAGGAGAAGGUGUCCUCACUGUUUUACACCAACGUGAUUCCCAUGUUGAAUCCCCUGAUUUACAGUCUGAGGAACAAGGAAGUGAAAAAUGCACUGAUGAAACUCUUAAGAAGAAAAAUAUCUUCAAAAUGA